AUGAAUACGGUAAUUUUCUUAAUCAGGAAAUACGUCGAAUUUAAGCAUGAGAUUAGUAUUGAUGCUGAAGGAGAUCCUUUUCAGUAUUCUCAUGAUUUAGAAAUGCGGUUACAUGAAUUAUCUUCUCUUAGUAAAUUUAUACGUGUCUUUCAAUGCAUGGAUGGAACCGAGAAAGUAGAACAUUGGCUUCCAGAAUUUGUUGAUUAUCAUCGUACUCUAAGUGGUAAGACGGAAGAAUGCCGGGUUUCCAGUAACAACAGAGAAUUAAGAGAUCGAUUAAUCAUCGCCCAAGCAUUGGGCUGCUUAGAUCGUUUCUGUGUAGCUGUAUUUGCAGGUAAUGGAUUUGGAGCUUGGUACCGACAGUGUCAAGUAGAGGUAACCAAAGAGUCUAGAGAAGUUUACAAGGCUGUCCUGAACUACAUAUACAAAGGAGACUAUGCAAAUGCAGAUAUAGCGCUAUCUGACAUUGAUGACCGCUCUCUAAGUGAGAAAGACUUAAAGCAGAUUAAGCACGAGUUAAAGAGUUCUCUAAAUAAGUUAAUGAAAGAUACCAAAAGUAUUGUAAAUUGGCUAGAUGGAAAAAUUGAAAGAGAGGAAGAUAAUAGGAAUCAAGUAACGAUUAUGAAAGAAAAUAUAGACAAAGUUCAGAUUGUUUUGAAUAAAGAAGGUCUCUUGGAACUGCUGGACGAUAAAACUCAAAAUGAUCUUCGAAGUUUUGACAACGGCAUCAAUGAACAAUUAUCGAAAAUUAGUUCGAAAGGACUGAGAUCUAUAAAAGAUUUUAUGAAUGCAGAUAGUUUUUCUGAGGCUGAACAAGGCAUGGAAAAUCUGAGCUGUGUGCAGCGCGAAUUAGCAGGAUAUUAUACAUCAAAUUUUGUUGCUGAUGAAAGUGAAGUAAGAAAAAAAUCGGAUAGUAUAGUGAGUGACAUUUCGAAACGUUAUGACUCUGAAGAUAUUAAUAGCGACGCCGCAAAUCCACCCAAAGAUCUAUUAGCGAAAUUAAAGCAGGUUGCCGCACACGGUGGUGCUCGAUUUAAUCAAGCGUUCACGUCAACGCUAGGAAAAAUUCGACAAAAUUUUAGUCAGGCUAUAGAAAGUGUGCGUGGUGCUCCUUUAGAUAAGCGUUCAGCGAAGAUACGUUCAUUAAAUUCCGCACUAUGUUUUUUACCCGAAGAUUUGCAAGCUCCAUUUAAACUGCAGAACGAUGAAUUGAGCAAACUACUCGCCGAUGAAGAGAACACACAAAAGCGUAACUUGAAUAUUGCUCUGAUCUGA